CGGCUGUGUGCGCGCGUCCCUCGCCGCCGCUGCCCGGACAGCCCUGCGGCUGCCCCGCCGGCGGAGCCGGGGCCGGCCUGUCCUCGGGCGGCUGCCUGGCCACCGCCACCCGAACAGCUCCAGCCCAUAUGAAGAUCAAUGAUGCAGAUUGCUGGGUUCGAUGAAGCUGGGCAUAUAUAACUAGAUUCAUUAAGGAAUACAAAGAAAAUAUUUAACAGGAUCAAUAAUGGUGUCUUCUGGUUGCAGAAUGCGAAGUCUGUGGUUUAUCAUUAUAAUCAGCUUCUUACCGAAUACAGAAGGUUUCAGCAGAGCAGCUUUACCAUUUGGGUUAGUUAGGCGAGAAUUAUCCUGUGAAGGUUAUUCUAUAGAUCUGCGAUGUCCAGGCAGUGAUGUCAUCAUGAUUGAGAGCGCUAACUACGGUCGGACAGAUGACAAGAUUUGUGAUGCUGACCCAUUUCAGAUGGAGAAUACAGACUGCUACCUCCCAGAUGCCUUCAAAAUUAUGACUCAAAGGUGCAACAACCGAACGCAGUGCAUAGUAGUUACUGGGUCAGAUGUUUUUCCUGAUCCAUGUCCUGGAACAUACAAAUAUCUUGAAGUCCAGUAUGAAUGUGUCCCUUACAUUUUUGUGUGCCCUGGGACCUUGAAAGCAAUUGUGGACUCACCAUGUAUAUAUGAAGCUGAGCAAAAGGCAGGUGCUUGGUGCAAGGACCCUCUUCAGGCUGCAGAUAAAAUUUAUUUCAUGCCCUGGACUCCUUAUCGUACCGAUACUUUAAUAGAAUAUGCUUCUUUAGAAGAUUUCCAAAGCAGUCGCCAAACAACAACAUAUAAACUUCCAAAUCGAGUAGAUGGUACUGGAUUUGUGGUAUAUGAUGGUGCUGUCUUCUUUAACAAAGAACGAACGAGAAAUAUUGUGAAAUUUGAUUUGAGGACUAGAAUUAAGAGUGGAGAGGCCAUAAUUAAUUAUGCCAACUAUCAUGAUACCUCACCAUAUAGAUGGGGAGGAAAGACUGAUAUCGACCUAGCAGUUGAUGAAAACGGCUUAUGGGUCAUUUAUGCCACUGAACAGAACAAUGGAAUGAUAGUUAUUAGCCAACUGAAUCCAUACACUCUUCGAUUCGAAGCAACAUGGGAGACUGUAUAUGACAAACGUGCUGCAUCGAAUGCUUUUAUGAUCUGCGGAGUCCUCUAUGUGGUCAGAUCAGUUUAUCAAGACAAUGAGAGUGAAACAGGCAAGAACGCAAUUGAUUACAUUUACAAUACUCGAUUAAACCGAGGAGAAUAUGUAGAUGUUCCCUUCCCCAACCAGUACCAGUAUAUUGCUGCAGUGGAUUACAAUCCUAGAGAUAACCAACUCUACGUGUGGAACAAUAACUUUAUUUUACGAUAUUCUCUGGAAUUUGGUCCACCUGAUCCUGCCCAAGUGCCUACCACAGCUGUGACAAUAACUUCUUCAGCUGAGCUGUUCAAAACCACAGUACCAACCACAAGCACUACUUCACAGAAAGGCCCCAUGAGCACAACUGUAGCUGGAUCACAGGAAGGAAGCAAAGGGACAAAACCACCUCCAGCAGUUUCUACAACCAAAAUUCCUCCUAUAACAAAUAUUUUUCCCCUGCCAGAGAGAUUCUGCGAAGCAUUAGACGCGAGGGGGAUAAGGUGGCCUCAGACACAAAGGGGAAUGAUGGUUGAACGACCAUGUCCCAAGGGAACAAGAGGAACUGCCUCGUAUCUCUGCAUGGUUUCCACUGGAACAUGGAACCCUAAGGGCCCCGAUCUUAGCAACUGUACCUCACACUGGGUGAAUCAGCUGGCUCAGAAGAUCAGAAGUGGAGAAAAUGCUGCUAGUCUUGCCAAUGAACUAGCUAAACAUACCAAAGGGCCAGUGUUUGCUGGGGAUGUGAGUUCUUCAGUGAGAUUGAUGGAGCAGUUGGUGGAUAUUCUUGAUGCACAGCUGCAGGAACUGAAACCCAGUGAAAAGGAUUCAGCUGGACGGAGUUAUAACAAGCUCCAAAAACGAGAGAAGACAUGCAGGGCUUACCUUAAGGCAAUUGUUGACACAGUGGACAACCUGCUGAGACCUGAAGCUUUGGAAUCAUGGAAACACAUGAAUUCUUCUGAACAAGCACAUACAGCAACAAUGUUACUCGAUACAUUGGAAGAAGGAGCUUUUGUCCUGGCUGACAAUCUGGUUGAACCAACCAGGGUCUCAAUGCCUACAGAAAAUAUUGUUCUAGAAGUUGCAGUACUCAGUACAGAAGGACAGGUCCAAGACUUUAAAUUUCCUUUGGGCAUCAAAGGAGCAGGCAGCUCUAUCCAACUCUCUGCAAAUACUGUCAAACAGAAUACCUUCCUAGGGCUUGCAAAGUUGGUGUUCAUCAUUUACCGGAGUCUGGGACAGUUCCUUAGUACAGAAAAUGCAACCAUAAAAUUGGGUGCUGACUUUAUUGGUCGUAAUAGCACCAUUGCAGUGAAUUCCCACGUCAUUUCAGUUUCAAUCAAUAAAGAAUCCAGCCGAGUAUACUUGACAGAUCCUGUGCUUUUUACCCUGCCACACAUUGAUCCUGACAAUUAUUUCAAUGCAAACUGCUCCUUCUGGAACUACUCAGAGAGAACUAUGAUGGGAUAUUGGUCUACCCAGGGCUGCAAGCUGGUUGACACUAAUAAAACUCGUACAACGUGUGCAUGCAGCCACCUAACAAAUUUUGCAAUUCUCAUGGCCCACAGGGAAAUUGCAUACAAAGAUGGAGUUCAUGAAUUACUCCUUAAAGUCAUCACCUGGGUGGGAAUUGUCAUCUCCCUUGUUUGUCUGGCUAUCUGCAUCUUCACCUUCUGCUUUUUCCGUGGUCUACAGAGUGACCGUAAUACUAUUCACAAGAACCUUUGUAUCAACCUUUUCAUUGCUGAAUUUAUUUUUCUAAUAGGCAUUGAUAAGACAAAAUACAUGAUUGCAUGCCCAAUAUUUGCAGGACUUUUACACUUUUUCUUUUUGGCUGCUUUUGCUUGGAUGUGCUUAGAAGGUGUGCAGCUCUAUCUAAUGUUAGUUGAAGUUUUCGAAAGUGAAUAUUCAAGGAAGAAAUAUUACUAUGUUGCUGGUUACUUGUUUCCUGCCACAGUGGUUGGAGUCUCAGCUGCUAUUGACUAUAAGAGCUAUGGAACAGAAAAAGCUUGCUGGCUUCAUGUUGAUAACUAUUUUAUAUGGAGUUUCAUUGGACCUGUUACCUUCAUUAUUCUGCUAAAUGUUAUUUUCCUGGUGAUCACAUUGUGCAAAAUGGUGAAGCACUCAAACACUUUGAAACCAGAUUCUAGCAGGUUGGAAAACAUUAAGUCUUGGGUGCUUGGCGCUUUUGCUCUUCUAUGUCUUCUUGGCCUAACCUGGUCAUUUGGGUUGCUUUUUAUUAAUGAGGAGACUAUUGUGAUGGCAUAUCUCUUCACCAUCUUUAAUGCUUUCCAGGGACUGUUCAUUUUCAUCUUUCACUGUGCUCUCCAAAAGAAAGUACGAAAAGAAUAUGGCAAGUGCUUCAGACACUCAUAUUGCUGCGGCAGCCUUCCAACUGAGAGCCCCCACAGUUCAGUGAAGGCAUCAACUACCAGAACCAGUGCUCGGUAUUCCUCUGGCACACAGAGUCGUAUAAGAAGGAUGUGGAAUGACACUGUGAGAAAACAAUCUGAAUCUUCUUUUAUCUCAGGUGACAUCAAUAGCACUUCAACACUUAAUCAAGGACAUUCACUGAACAAUGCCAGGGAUACAAGUGCCAUGGAUACUCUACCGCUAAAUGGUAAUUUUAACAACAGCUACUCACUGCGCAAAGGGGACUAUAAUGACAGCGUGCAGGUCGUGGACUGUGGACUAAGUCUGAAUGAUACUGCUUUUGAGAAAAUGAUCAUUUCAGAAUUAGUGCACAACAACCUACGGGGCAGCAGCAAGACUCACAACCUCGAGCUCACACUACCGGUCAAACCCACCAUUGGAGGUAGCAGCAGCGAAGAUGAUGCUAUCGUGGCAGACGCUUCAUCUUUAAUGCACGGUGACAACCCAGGGCUGGAGCUCCACCACAGAGAACUCGAGGCACCACUCAUUCCUCAGCGGACUCACUCCCUUCUGUACCAACCCCAGAAGAAAGUGAAGCCCGAGGGGACUGACAGCUAUGUCUCCCAGCUGACAGCUGAGGCUGAGGACCAUCUACAGUCCCCCAACAGAGACUCUCUUUAUACAAGCAUGCCCAAUCUUAGAGACUCUCCCUAUCAGGAGAGCAGUCCCGACAUAGAAGAAGACCUGUCUCCCUCCAGGAGGAGUGAGAACGAGGACAUGUACUAUAAGAGCAUGCCAAACCUUGGAGCUAGCCAUCAGCUUCAGACGUGCUACCAGAUUAGCAGGGGGAAUAGUGAUGGUUACAUAAUCCCCAUUAACAAAGAAGGGUGUAUUCCCGAAGGAGAUGUUAGAGAAGGACAGAUGCAGCUGGUGACAAGUCUUUAAUAGUGCAGCUAAGGAAUUCCAAGGGCCACAUGCAAGCAUUAGUAAAUAAAGACUCCAUUGGCCCGAUGCAGCCCCCUCCAGCUCUGCUCGAAGAGACGGCUCUGUUGACCUGUGGUUCCUCCCGUGUGAACGAGAUGACUGAACCUUUGCAGUUCUGUGAAUUUUUAUAAAACAUACAAAAACUUUGUAUAUACACAGAGUAUACUAAAAUGAAUUAUUUGUUACAAAGAAAAGAGAUGCCAACCAGGUAUUUUAAGAUUCUGCUGCUGUUUAGAGAAAUUGUGAAACAAGCAAACAAAACUUUCCAGCCAUUUUACUGCAGCAGUUUGCGAACUAAAUUUGUAAAUAUGGCUGCACCAUUUUUGUAGGCCUGCAUUGUAUUAUAUACAAGACGUAGGCUUUAAAAUCCUGUGGGACAAAUUUACUGUACCUUACUGUUCCUGACAAGACUUGGAAAAGCAGGAGAGAUAUUCUGCAUCAGUUUGCAGUUCACUGCAAAUCUUUUACAUUAAGGCAAAGAUUGAAAACAUGUUUAACCACUAGCAAUCAAGCCACAGGCCUUAUUUCAUAUGUUUCCUCAACUGUACAAUGAACUAUUCUCAUGAAAAAUGGCUAAAGAAAUUAUAUUUUGUUCUAUUGCUAGGGUAAAAUAAAUACAUUUGUGUCCAACUAAAAUAUAAUUGUCAUUAAAAUAAUUUUAAAGAGUUUGACGAAAAUAUUGUGAAAAGCUCUUGGUUGCACAUAUGUUAUGAAAUGUUUUUUCUUAUACUUUGUCAUUGGUAAGUUCUACCCAUUUUUCACUUAUUUUCCACUGUAUACAGUGUUCUGCUUUGACAAGUUAGGUUUAUUCUUACAUUUAAAUUUCUUAUUGCCAAAAGAACGUGUGUUUUAUGGGGAGAAAAUUCUUUGAAGCCAGUUAUGCCAUGCCUUGCACAAAUGUGGUGAAAUCUAGAAAAGAUUGUGUCAUCCCUCUAUUUAUUCUUGAACAGAGGGCAGAGAGGGCACUGGGCACUUCUCACAAAUUUUUAGUGAAUAAAAGGUGCCUGUUUUUUUAAAAAACAAAAUAAAACAUAAAUAUUACUCUUCCAUAUUCCUUCUGCCUAUAUUUAGUAAUUAAUUUAUUUUAUGAUAAAGUUCUAAUGAAAUGUAAAUUGUUUCAGCAAAAUUCUGCUUUCCUUUUCAUCCCUUUGUGUAAACCUGUUAAUAAUGAGCCCAUCACUAAUAUCCAGUGUAAAGUUUAACACGGUUUGACAGUAAAUAAAUGUGAAUUUUUUCAAGUA